AUGAAUGAUUGGCAUGAGUUCAAUGCCGCGAUAAAGUCAAUAUAUUGUAAUGCAGAAGGUGACUCAAGCAGUAUAAUUAAUAGAUUGGUUGGCUUGGCAAUGAAAAGCGAAGAUUCCACUUUUAUUGAGGCCGUUUUAGUUUUGAAAGAAAAUGUGUCGAAAGUAGAUAAACAAUUAAGAUUUUUAUGGCUUACUUCAACUAUUAAUUCAAGGUUUUAUCCCCCUAUACCUAUCUCAGAAGCCUCACCGGUUUCUUGGAAUAAAACCGAAUAUUGCGCACCUGGUACUGAAGAACUACAAAGGCGUUAUCCAGGGAGAGCCAAGUUACAGAAUGAAGAAGACUAUUCAGGCGGAAUAGAACAAUGCCGAGAUGUGCCAGAUUGCUCAUUAGUUGCUUCUCUAAUUAAUCUUAGGUCUAAGAACUUGAAUCUCCCUCUAAUUAAACAAAUAUCAUCAACUAAAUAUCACGUCAAUUUAAGUUUUAACGGAAGCAACAAAAGGCUAGUGACAGUAGAUAUUUCGCAGAUCCCAACCUCAGUGGAUGGCAAACAACUUUCUUUAAAGAGUAACGAUAUUUCGGACAAAAUUGGAGAGCUUGCAUUACUGCUUGUUUCUAAAGGAACAUAUUCCACGGAUGGCUCAAAUAUUAGUAUAGAUACUUACCGCUUAAGUGGCUUCUUACCAGAGAUAACACAAGUAAACAGCUAUCCUUUCGAAAAAUUAUGGAAGUUUCACAAAUCUAAUUUAUGUCUGAUGGGCGCUGGCACCGGGAAUCGUUCCAAUGACAUGAUAAAGCCCCUAGUUGAGAACCAUGAUUACUCUAUAAUUGAUAUCACAUAUGAUUCUAGGCUAGUAAAAUUGCGAGAUCCGAGGAACUCGGCACUAAAUGUUGAAAUCAGCUAUGAACAGUAUUUAAAAAAUUUCAAACAACUUUAUCUUAAUUGGAACCAAGAAAAAUUAUUCAAACGUUCUCAGGUACUUCAUUUUCGGUACGAUACUUCACGCUACAAUAAAUUUUCUAUCGUUGCAGAUAAACCUUUAUUUCACCUGGUAAACAAUUCUAAAGUGACAGAGACGGUAUGGUUAUUGCUAGAAUCCCAUUUGCAAGAUGAAGGCAGCCAAGAAAAUCGGUCAGUUUCCUUUUUGAAUGAGGCUCCCGAAUGCAUAAUUUGUCCAAUUGAACCUCCAGUAGAAUGCGGUGGCAAUCACAUUGGACUUCAGCUGGUAAAGUUGAGAUUAGAUGCUGAGACUGAGAGGUUAUUGUAUUGUUAUUCAACAACAAACAACAAUUUCAGUAUUCACUCUUUCUCAGUUGUGAAGGAAAUAUGUUUUCAAAGAUUGAAAGAUACAAAAAGUCUUUUUGCCAAAGUCCUUUUCUCUUUUCCUUAUGAAAUAGAGGGAAAAGCCUCAUUUGAUACUUGUAAUUUUUUUCAAAAUCCGACUUUUGAGUUGGAAGUUCACUCUGAACAAGAUUAUCAAGUACUUAUGGACGCCGCAUGUAUCUCAACUAGCUCACAUGAUUUAAUUAACAUCCAAGUAUAUUACUUUAAUGACUAUGAAUUGAUAAAGCCAAUAAUGUUUGAUAACCACUAUCAGCCCGGGCAGGGCCUUAAACAAGACGUGCCCAUCUUAACUAAUGUCAAAUAUAUGAUUGUAUGCUCAACUUACGGCCCUCCAGCCUCAACGGAAUUUGAAUUACUUGCCUCGAUACGGUUAUCCUCUUCAUGGAGGUUAAUAUCUGGAAUAACUUUACGGAGUGUUAACUUGAUAUACGGUACUUAUCCAUAUCAUUGUCGCAACAGGUUCCAUUGGAAGGAAACUUCAGACAAACUUAAAAUUCAGAUGACUUUGCCAACCAAAAAGUAUUCUACGAACAAACUUUUUAUACGUGUAGUACCCGUGGAAUCAUCAGCACGAUUAAGGAUGCGAUGUAAUAUUUUCGAGCCUGAAUCAGCUCUCUGUGUUUAUGAAUGUCAAGAGUAUAGGACAUGUCCAUCUGGGGGCAUCGUUAUACCUGAUCUGGAAGUCUCUCGUACUAACAUUGUUGUAUUGAUGAUAGAAAGAAGUGUACCUAUUUCCAGUUGUUUACCUACGGAAGGACAAUUGGAUGAAUUGGAGUUGUUUGUUGGGUCCAGUCAAAAAAUCAGAAUUGAAAAAUACUCCGAUGAUGUGAUACCAAAAUAA